AGCCACUUGCUCUCUGGGUGGGACCAUCAUCUGAGGAGAACUGCAGUGUUGUCCGACAAAGCCCCACUGCCUCUUACCGGGCUGGCCCGUGCUUGUGGACAGCGGGGCCUCUUCAGGCGCCGUCUGUGUGAGCAGGAUUACUACAGACGUGAACGCUGCUGCCAUGGAACUUUAUCUUUCCGACUUCUGUGUCUUCCUUCGGCCAACCCAGUACCUCUGCCGUUCACAGGUGUCCAGUCCACAUUACUUGAGCGAGAGCUUUUUCAUGGUGAAAGGAGCGGCGCUCUUCCUGCAGCAGGGGAACAGCGCUCAGAGCCAGCGGAGUCUUCAGCACCCUCACAAGCAUGCAGGUGACCUGCCUCAGCACCUUCAAGUGAUGAUCAACCUCCUACGCUGUGAAGACAGAAUCAAGCUGGCCGUGCGCCUUGAGAGCGUCUGGACCGACCGUGUCCGCUACAUGGUUGUGGUGUACACCAGCGGGCGCCAGGACACCGAGGAGAACAUUUUGCUGGGAGUUGACUUUUCCAGUAAGGAGAGCAAAAGCUGCACCAUUGGGAUGGUCCUUCGUCUGUGGAGCGACACCAAGAUCCACCUUGAUGGGGAUGGCGGGUUCAGUGUGAGCACAGCCGGCAGGAUGCACGUCUUCAAGCCCGUGUCUGUCCAGGCCAUGUGGUCUGCCCUCCAAGUGCUUCACAAGGCCUGUGAAGUGGCACGGAGGCACAACUACUUCCCUGGUGGGGUGGCGCUCAUCUGGGCCACCUACUAUGAGAGCUGCAUCGGCUCCGAGCAGAGCUGCAUCAAUGAGUGGAAUGCCAUGCAGGAUCUGGAGUCCACGAGACCCGACUCCCCAGCCCUGUUUGUGGACAAGCCAACUGAGGGGGAAAGAACUGAGCGUCUAAUUAAAGCCAAGCUCCGGAGCAUCAUGAUGAGCCAGGACCUUGAAAAUGUGACUUCUAAGGAAAUCCGCAAUGAGCUGGAGAAGCAAAUGAACUGCAACCUGAAAGAAUUCAAGGAGUUCAUCGAUAACGAGAUGUUGCUCAUCUUGGGCCAGAUGGACAAGCCCUCCCUUAUCUUCGACCAUCUUUAUCUUGGCUCCGAGUGGAAUGCAUCCAAUCUGGAAGAACUGCAGGGCUCAGGGGUUGACUACAUUUUAAAUGUCACUAGAGAAAUAGACAAUUUUUUCCCUGGCUUAUUUGCAUACCAUAACAUCCGAGUCUACGAUGAGGAGACCACAGACCUCCUCGCCCACUGGAACGAAGCCUAUCAUUUUAUAAACAAAGCGAAAAGAAAUCAUUCCAAGUGCCUGGUCCAUUGCAAAAUGGGCGUCAGCCGAUCUGCAUCCACGGUCAUAGCCUAUGCGAUGAAGGAAUUUGGCUGGCCCCUGGAGAAAGCGUACAACUAUGUGAAGCAGAAGCGAAGCAUCGCGCGGCCCAACGCAGGCUUUAUGAGGCAGCUGUCUGAGUAUGAAGGCAUCCUGGAUGCAAGUAAGCAACGGCACAACAAGCUGUGGCGCCAGCAGCCUGCCGAUGGCCCCGCAGCAGAGCCCAGUGAGUUCUUGCCAGAGACCCUGGAUGAUGCCCUGGACACCCGGCUGCCAUGCUUGGAUGACACCACCCAGCCCGGGCUUGCAGGAAGCCAGGCCCCAGGAGGACCCUCUCUCCCUUGUUGUUUCCGAAGACUCUCAGAUCCCCUCCUCCUCCCCCACCACGAUGACGCAGGCAGCCUGGUCCACUUAGAGGAUCUGGAGCGGGAUGCUCUGCUGGAGGACGCCGCUCAGCCAGUGGAGGUGCACAAACUGGUCCAGCAUUCCCAAGAAGGAGCCAGGCACUGUGAAAAGGAUGUAAAGAGGAAACUAGAGUUCGGGAGCCCCAAAGCCCGCGGUGGCUCCUUGCCGCAGGCCGGCGAGGUGGAGAAGAAGUGUGACCAGAGAACGGGGAGGUGGAGGCGGGCCUCCACCCAGCUUGACCAGGAAAACCUAAACAAUAACAACAGCAAGAGGAGCUGCCCGGAUGACUUCGAGCACGAUGCUGUGUUUGGAAUCCUCAGUAAAGUGAAGCCUUCCUACACAUCCUGUGCUGACUGCAUGUACCCUGCUGGCGGGGCUCCUGAGGCCUCCACAGAACGACAUGAAGACCCUAGUGCUCCCGCCAUCUGCACCCAGCCAGCCUUCCUGCCCCAUGGCACAUCUUCCCCGAUGGCCCACACAAGCUGCAGGUCCCAAGCUCCAGAGAGGCUGGCCUCUGGUCCAGCCAAUGCUCCUCCGUUCUUACCACCAGCAGGCUCAAGGAAGCCAGACAUCAGUGGCUCCGGAACUGGGGCUUUCCCAGAACCACCAGCAGGCCUUCUAGAGCCUUCCAGAGAAACCUCAAAAGUCCUUCCAAAGUCCCUCCUGUUGAAGAAUUCUCACUGUGAUAAGAACACCGCCAACAUGGAAGCAAUGAAGGAAGAAUUGUCAACUAAGAAAGAAACGAAGCCAGCUAAGGACCUGAGGCUUCUGUUCAGUAAUGAGGCAGAGAAGCCGACCACCAAUAGCUACCUGAUGCAGCAUCAGGAGUCCAUCAUCCAGCUGCAGAAGGCGGGCUUGGUUCGAAAGCACACCAAAGAACUAGAGAGGUUGAAGAGCCUGCCUUCAGACUCACCGUCUACCUGCAGGGACAGUGCCACCAGCAGGCUGGAGGCUAGCAUCCCUGAGGAGGGCCAGGAGCCUGGACACCUAGCCCUGUGCAGCCAAGCAGGGGCUGAUGAGAAACCUCCAGAAGGAACCUUGGUGAAAAGCCCGACUCCUACCCUCCUCCGCCUAGAUCACACCAGUAACUUCUCAAAAGACUUCCUGAAGACCGUGUGCUACACCCCCACCUCCUCCUCCAUGAGUUCCAACCUGACCCGGAGCUCCAGCAGCGACAGCAUCCACAGUAUCCGAGGAAAGCCAGGCCUGGUGAAGCAGCGGGCGCAGGAGAUCGAGACGCGACUCCGGCUGGCGGGUCUCACUGUGUCGUCCCCACUGAAACGUUCCCACUCCCUCGCCAAGCUGGGAAGUCUCAACUUCUCCACAGAGGACCUGUCCAGCGAGGCUGACACAUCCACCAUCGCCGACUCGCAGGAUGCCAAGUAUGGUCACUCUUCCUUCUUGCACGAACCGCAGGCCACGCCGAGGGACCCCGCUGCAGCCUGUAAACCAUCAGGGAAGUCUGUCCCAGGAAACUUGAAAAACCUGCCGGGGAUGAAUGAAAGCUGAGCACGUUCUGCAUUCCACAUUCUGACAUGUGGUUGAGGUUCUCAUGCUGUCCUGGUCACACGUCACACACAUCUUGAUUUGUGUUAGCUUCGGUCACCCAGGCUUUCCUCACUCUUGCCAAAGAGAAGAGGGGACAAACAAGUAACAUAGCACACAUGAAGGAGACCCAGAACGGGGCUUAGGCGACCUGGAAACUCUCAGUCAGGAGACAGCACUGAUCCUCAAGCCCUGUCUAUGGGAAGAUGUGGACACACAGGCUGGGGCUGUGUCUUGUUGUUAGAGUCUUGCCCACCAUGCACCAUGCCCUAGGUUUCAUCCCCAGCACCCCAUAAAACCAGGCAUGGUUGCACACUCCUAUAAUCCCAUUCCUGGAGUUGGAGGCGGUUGGAAGUUUGAAGUCAUUCUCAGCUGUAUAGUGAAUUUUAGACCAGCCUGGUGGAGAGAAGAUAAGUCUGUACAUGCAGAAUAUUUUAAUGUGCAGCCUGUGAGAGAAGAGCCAUGGUGAUGUCGCUGCAGCCCAUGUCCCCAGCUCGUCCCUGCCCUCACGGGAGAAUUCUCAGAUAACAACACAAGUUCUACCUCUGUUCUCACUGUGUUUUGUUCUUAAAAUAGCAAUGACCAAGGCUCGUUCUGAGAAACAGUGCUGUGUCUGAAAGGGUUUUUCCAAGAGAAUCGUAGGUGGGGGUUGGAGGGUGAGGUCCCCCAAAAAUGUCAAGACUUUGAACCUGACCAUCCCAGGUACAGUUGUGUGACAUCAUCAGAGGAAAGCACCGAGUGGCUGUUGUCUGUGUGACCCUCCAUCCUGGCACCUACGGUGGGGAUGGGGGGUCCUCAGCUUCUAGCAUCGAGCUUACAUCACUCAGUCAUGAGGAAGAACUCCAGGCAUCACCGAGCCACGUCUGCUGCUAACAAGACAUCGUUAUGUUUGGGAUUGGGACAAGCUCAUAUCCAUGAGAUUGUGGGUCUGGGGUGUGGGUCAUCCUGCUGAGACACUCUGACCAUCCCCCGCCCUCUCACACCAGGCUCAUUAGGUGCCAUCUCUACAUCCGGUGAGAGGAAGGUCAUGUCACUUGUGGGUCCUCUUCCUCCUGUCCAUAAAAUACUGCUCCCUCCUCUCCAGCUCUCCGAUAUGGGCCACAACACAGGUGUUAGCACAGGUUAGCUCAAUGCAACAAGAGGCCAAGGCUCUAGGUUCAAAUCAGGGACCUUAACUGAUGCCCAUAAAGAAUACAGUGAUGGCAGAAUGACAGGAGAGAGGAAGGGCCUGGUCUGGUGAUUGGCAGACCAGGAUGUGCCGCCCUGUGAGAUGAGCAUGACUUCUGAUUUAUUUUGUUUCUGCUGUGGAAAUGGUUUAUUGGGGGUUUGGGUUUUUCGAGAUUUUUUUUUUUUUCUGUGUAGCCCUCGGUGUCCUGGAACUCACUCUACAGACCAGGUUCACCUAUAACUUACAGAGAUCCACCCACCUCUGCCUCCCAGAGUACCCCUCCUAGGAUUAAAGACGUGUGCCACCAUCACCUGGCUUGCUUUUUUUUUUUUAAUUUUUUAAAAUUUCAGAUAAGGUUUUACUAUUUAGUUUUGGUUGUCAUGGCUCUUUGGGACUUGCUGUGUAGACUGUAAGCCUCAAACUCAGCAAGGCUCUCCUGCCUUUGUACAAGCCAAACUGGCCUCAGCCUCCCAGCAGUCCUCCUGCCUCAGCCUCCCAAAUGCCAAGAUUACAGGUCUAAUCCCAUCCUGCCCUGGAUGCCCCAGGUUUGGUUUUUACACUUGAAGUGUUUGUCAAGAGAUAGAUGAAGCUGGUGGCGGUGGCGUGGCCUUGUUAUCUUGCAUCAGGAGACUGAGACAGGUCCUUCACGAGUGGAAGGCCAACCUGGACCACAAAGUGGCCCUACCUCAAAAAUAGUAACCCUGACAGGGAUGAUGUCACCUGACUCAGGCAUCUCCUCAGGCCCUCCAGCUUGCCGACUGAUCACGUGAUGCCUCAGGACUACAUGUGGUACUGCAGGGAGACAUAUUUGAAGGCUUCCUUUGCUUCUUGGAUGACACAGACCAAAUACUUCCUCCUCAUGCCCCAAACUAUGCCAGCCUUUCCCGUUACCACACCACUUGUGCAGACGGAGUCCCUGUGGUGGUGACCACAGCUCUGCCCUACAGUUGGCUGGUUCAGCCAGCUAAGCAAGACCACAAAGCCUUCCAGGACUGCCCGUGUCCUGAAAGUGAAUGGAUUGGAGUUAGUGCGGCUCCCAAAAUGCCCGUCCUGGAGAAUACCUAGCUCGUCUCCAGGAACAAGGCUAGUCCUCUCCUCAUCAGUGCAGGGUCUUCGUGAACCUCUAGCUCAGAGAUUCUCCCUGGCAGGAUCUUAAAACAAACAAACAAACAAAAAAUGUAUGUUGUUUUAUAGGUAUUUGUUUUCCUACCAGUGUCAGUGGUAAUCACCUUAAAAAGUGAUUAUCCACUACUUAUUCCAGAGACCCUGUAGGCUUCUCCACACUUCUUUAGCCAACAAAAGCAAACUUUCAAAAGACCAACUUUAACAGAUGUCACCAAGUUUAAUUUCAUGUGUGGUGGAUCAAUUUUUAUGUCAGUGUAAUUCCUUAGCUUUGGUAAUGAUAGGUUUCCACCGGAUCUCUAAUCUCGUCUGUAAGGGUGGCGGGGUUUUGAAAACCACAGUUUGUCCUGUUCUGUUCAAAGAGUAAGAACAGGAGGAAGGUCAACUCAAGUGGGCCUUUGACUUCAGGCAAAUUGAUGCCUCUUUUAGAAACACUGGCAUAUCAUCCAGCAGGGUGCUGCCGCCCUGUGUCCCCCCCCCCCCCCAGUCGCCAGAAUGAGACCCUGGCUUGAUGGCUUUUGUUUUGGCCUAGAGGGUUUGAGCUAUCUGUUGUCAAGGUGGAUUGGUAUUUAAUCUAAAGGGUUCUGUGGAAUUAUCCUACCAAACCAGGCUCACGUCAGCAGUGACAACUGCACAUUGUCUUACGAAAAGUUUGUUCCAGCCAGGCUUGGUGGCACACACCUUUAACCUCUGCAGGGGCAGGUGGAUUACUGAGUCCGGGACUACAUAGACCCUGACCAAAAAGGUUUGCUUUGUGAGCUACUCAUCCAUGCGUGGCUAAUGCUUUGUAUGUAAUCUUAGCAAAUUAUGUACACACAGAAGAGGCACAUGAGGCAAGCAGAGGGAUUUAUGCAGCGUAAGCCACUGAUUUUAAUGACUGCCAUUUUCACUGAAUUGAAUUGUCUUCAUUGAAUGAAGAGCUUUCUCCCUAGCUUGAUGCCCUAGGUUCUCAGCUGCCCUCCUUGUUUCUGCUCACCUGCAUAGCCUCCCAACAGCUUGAACCUUGUGGUGGCCUCUCCUUACCUCAACCCAGAAGGCUUCUUGAAGUGUAAGGGAGAUGGAUACUAGGUAGAGGAGGUGGGCAGUCUAGGUGCCUGAUUACAUGAGCUAAGAGCAAGGUGUCCUCUGCAUCCCCAGCCCUCUCGUCCUCGGUGCGGAGACCCCUGUCAAUCACGGCGCAUCCCUGUGGCUCAGCCAUGCAGGUUACUCACAGGUACCCGGAGAGCUGCGCUGCCCUAGCCUGUUCUGCUCCUGUUCCACAGCUUGCUCUAGCAGAAUAUCCAACCCUGCUAAUCUAAAGCCCUUCCCUCUGCCCCAUAGAAGCCCAGAGGGUGCUGCAGGAUGGAGCCAAGUUUGGCACAUACAACCCCAUCAGGGUAAACACAUUACCUGUGGUUUGGCACAGAAUCACCUGACCUGGUCCCCAUCCCGAGUUCCUGCUGAUGAUAAAGACCAGGUGAAGGUCGUUGAUGUUCCCCUAUCCAAAGCCCCUUGUUUUGUUAUUGUUGGGUGUGAGAGUCCACUCUGCAUGCAUGUAUAUACAUAAGUUUCUGUGUGUAUACUUUGUGUAUUCGUUUUGUGUGUGUGUGCCCGAUCAAACCCAGUGUGUGCCAUUUCUCUCAUCACAUACUGUGUCUUCUAGCUAUGCAGUAAGUCACCCUAGACUCAUCUGCAGUGAUGCCACCGGGGGCCAUCUGGAGAAGGGUGACCACCUUGUCUUUCCCUUUUGCAGUAGACACCACCGUCCCUCCAGUCCCUGACUUGGGCAGGAGUCCUAACCGCGCAGCCUCUGCUGCCCUGGCUGUCGGCCUUGCUGCAUGAGAAGAUAGCUGCCUCCUCUACACUGUAGCUAUUGUUUGACAAUUGAGUGCCUUAAUAACUGUUUACGAAUACUGUGUAUUAAUGCGCAGCUCCUCAGCUCUCCUCUGUUGUGCUGGGUACUUUGUCUUGUCCUGGUGGUUGAGAUUAGGACUUGAGUUUCUCUCCCCCCCUUAUGUUUAUUCUGCUAUGCAGUUGACAUUGUGGUUUGUGACUACAGAGCCUGCCAGAAAUGGCACUGUUGAGUUCCUGCAGGCCAGGUUGGCAUCAGCAAACACCACAGCCCAUGGUAGCCAAUGAAGGUGUGAUUUGGUUUACCAGGCAUCUGGGAGGUGGUGCAGGCCCUGCAUCCCUGACCCACAGCCUGGUACCUCCCCCUAACCCCUCACAGUUGUAACCCCCUAGUCCCCUUCACACCCCUGUUCUCCUGUCCAUAUCCUCAGCUCCUUGCAGCAGAUUGUGGGUGCAGCUCACCCCAGAGGAGCCACACCAGUCAGACUGCGUUCUUCACCGCAGAGGCUGCCGUCGGUCCCAUGCGUCACAUCACAACUUUGAUUUUUCUAUUGUUUUUAUAUUAUAUAUUUAAGAGGCAGUAUCUUUUGUACUGUGAAUUUGCAGUAGAAGCAUAGUGCACUUUUUUUUUUACUUUUGUUGGUGUGUACUGUAUAUAUAGUCUGCGUGCUUCUUGUGAUGAAAAUAAUAAAUACUUCCUUUAUAAAUGUCA